CCUGUCAAUAAUGGAAUUUAUAUCCAAACUUGAAAACUUGUAAUCUUUUCCAUUAUUCUAUUCCUGCCAAGCCAAACAUUCCCACCAAAGAUCAUACGAGCCUUUUUUUUAAUUCCAUUUCUUUCUUCUUCUCCUUCUUGUUGCAUAUGAUCAAUGGCUGUAGCAAGCUUUUCUUCUCUGGUCCUAGUUCAAAAUUCUGGUCCAAUUAUAAAGCCUAGAAGCAAAACUAAGAUGCUUAAACUCACUCAAUUUCCACUAAAGAAAGCCCCUGCACUUCAAGUCAGAUCAUCUUUCAAAGACAAGGUCUUUGAGAAUCAAUCCGAGGGCAUAAUUUGUUACAGGGAUGAUAGUGGAGAGAUAAUCUGUGAAGGAUUGGAUGAAGGCCCUCGGUUCCAUCAACAGCUUCCAAGAACAGCAUACCAUUCAAGCCCGAAUUUGAUUGAAUUCAGGGAUACAGAGAUUAUCAAUCUGCUUCAACAAAGAUUGCUUCAAGUUGUUAGUGGUGGUGAGUUUAACAAGGUUGACAAUGGGGUUGCUGCUGUGCAAGAGGACUUCAAAAGGAAUGGCUUCAACAAAUUCUGCUGAUCAAUGAUUAACUAUUGUCAAUUUCAUCAAUGCAAUUCAAAAUGAUGUGCAUCAGUAUUAGGGAAAUAAAAAGUACUACAUUUCUUCUAAUCUCAGAAUGUAAAUACUAAGCAUGAAAGCACUUUAUCUGUCUUGAAUGGUAAAAAUUUCAGGUUUUUUUA